GGCAUCGUCUUUCGGCAGUUGCAUCCGCUACGGCUUGUGCGCGGGCUAUUGGCAUCACUUGGCAAAACCUCUCAGUUUGAUAUUUCAAGCGUUGCUCAAUAGGCCGCAACUACCCCCGUCGACCUUAGCAUAACUAGAGCAACGAUCGCCAGCAUGUCGACCAAAGUUCUGUGCGAUGCUUAUGGCACGCUCAAGCCGAACCAGCCAGAGAUUGCAGUGCUCCUGAGCACCAGCCCACCUAAGGCAGCUCCGGCGGACGCUGUUGUCGCGAGCUGUCUCGCCAGCUUUCCUUCGCCAGAGGGCCUGGCGCGGCUUGCGCUGAACCGGUGGUCGCGGAGCGCUGGGCUAGCGGACCAUCAGCAGAUUCUGGACGCAUUCAUCAAGAUGCACGUGAGCGAGUCGAGCGCGGAGCUGAAGCCCGCCGCAAAGGCGUUCCUGGAGCAGGUCCGCGCCAAGAUCGUUGACCUGGUCAAAGUCAGCCUGGCGAGCUAUGGUGACGUGGAGGGGGCCGUGUACGACGAGGUGUUUGGCGAGGGCUACGACCGCAGCACCGUGCCCGGGUACCUGCCCGUGGUGUCCUACUUCCAGCUGCACUUCCACGACAUCGCCAACGACAAGGCGCUGGCGGCGGCCUGGGAGUCCGCGCUGGCCGCGUGCGGCUCCGACCUGGCCGCUGCCCCCGCCGGCACGCUGGGCAACAGCCCCUCGCGGCGCGCGCUGGUGUACCUGCUGUCCAUGGGCGAGGACAUUGCCUACCUGCGGCUGGCGCAGGCGCUGCUCAGCAGCACACACGAGUUCGUGUACGAGUAAGCGGACGGGCCCGUGGCUUCUUCACUAGACUCGGACGUUGCUGACUGACGGAAGGCGCUAGCGCGGCUGCAUGUUGCGCCGGUGUCCUGGCAUGAGCAUGGUAGAAACAGGGGGAGCGUUGCGCGAUCGCACUGGUGGUGAUGCAGUGUCGGGAUGCGCGCGGGGGCUUGGGCUGCCGUUGGCAGGCGUUGGCUUGGGUUUCUGUUGAGCAGGUAUUCCUGUUGUCGGGACGGACAUCGUACAUGGCGUGGCGGGUUGCGGAGUGCGUUUAAGGGAGAUGACAUUGAGACGGCUUACAUGGACCGAGCGAGUGGCUACGGACUGACAUGUGGAGGCAGGGUGGAGGAGGGCCGGGGGCAUGGCGGCAUGUGGGUUUUGGAGCGGCGUGGAUGGAAACUGUGGAGCCAGGAUUUGUUGGUUGCCCACUGACACAAACAAUACUUACUGGAUUGCAUGCAUGCUGGUCACUGUAAUAGCGACACCUA